AUGGGGGACGAUCAGAACCACCACGAUGCCAACGGUGAUCAUUACUCCCUGGACCAAGUGCUGGCGCCGGGUUCCAAUCCGAUGACCCCGCGGCCGCCGCCGAUAUCCGCCCCGCCGUCGCAGUUCCACUCCCCCUCCCUCGCCCGGUCGCCGCUCCUCAUGAUGUCCCCCGACCGCGUCGUGACGGCCCCCGUCAGCACGAACCGGACCCCGAUGGGCGGCCGGACCCCAAGGAGCGGCGCCAGGACGCCGGGGAGGUUCCGGACGCCGCGAUUCAUCACGCCGUUGGGUUCCCCGCUGAGGAAGGCCCUCCACAUGACGAAGCUGGACCCGCACGACGCGUGGCUCCCCAUCACGGAGUCGAGGAACGGUAACGCCGUCUACGCGGCGUUUCACACGCUCUGCUCCGGCAUCGGGAUUCAGGCCCUCAUCCUCCCCGUCGCCUUCACCGCCCUUGGUUGGGCGUGGGGAGUUAUAUGCUUGACACUAGCAUUCAUAUGGCAGCUCUACACACUCCACAUCCUCGUCCAGCUCCACGAAUCGGUCGAAACCGGCGUGCGUUACAGUCGGUACCUUCAGCUCGCUAAUGCAGCUUUCGGUGAGAGGGUAUCGAAAUUGUUGGCGAUGUUUCCGAUAAUGUACUUGUCGGGCGGGACGUGUGUGGCGUUGAUCAUCAUCGGCGGCUCCACGUCCAAGCUGUUGUUCCAGACCAUAUGCGGCGGCGCGUGCUCGUCACACGACCCGACCACCGUCGAGUGGUACUUGAUUUUUACCUUCGCGGCGGUGCUCCUGUCGCAGCUCCCCAACCUCAACUCCAUCGCCGGGGUGUCCCUCGUCGGAGCCAUCACGGCGGUCGGGUACUGUACAAUCAUAUGGGCCGUGUCGGUCGCCGAGGGGCGGAUGCCCGGCGUGUCGUACAACCCGGUUCGUCCGGGUUCGGAUCUUGAGAAGGUUUUCAGCGUCUUGAACGCGCUUGGGAUCAUCGCGUUUGCUUUCAGGGGACAUAAUCUCGUACUCGAAAUUCAGGCAACAAUGCCUUCAAGUGAAAAGCAUCCAUCAACAGUGCCAAUGUGGAAAGGUGUCAAAGUUGCUUAUGCCCUAAUCUCUAUGUGCCUUUUCCCCCUCGCCAUUGGAGGAUAUUGGGCCUAUGGUCAACUGAUCCCACAGGGCGGGAUGCUGACAGCGUUGUUCGCCUUCCACGGUCAGGACACGUCGCGCUUCAUCCUGGGGCUGACCAGCUUCUUCGUGGUGGUGAACGCGGUGAGCUCGUUCCAGCUCUACGGGAUGCCAAUGUUCGACCAGAUGGAGUCGUCCGUGGUGACCAAGCUGAAGAGGCCCUGCCCCGUCUGGGUCAGGGCGUCGCUGAGGGUGACGUUCGCGUUCUCGUGCUUCUUCACGGCGGUGGCCCUGCCGUUCCUGGGGAGCGUGGCGGGUCUCAUGGGAGGGAUCGCGCUGCCGAUCACACUGGCAUACCCGUGCUUCAUGUGGCUCAAGGUCAGGAAGCCGACCAGGUUCAGCAAGUCGUGGCUCGUGAACUGGGUGCUGGGGGUUUUCGGGCUGGCCCUGAGUGGUGCGUUGAUUGUUGCCGGGGUUUAUGUUGUGAUUGACAAUGGAAUUAAGUUCAGCUUCUUCAAGCCUACUUAG